AUGGCCUUCACUAACCACGCACUCCCGGCCGAGCUCAUGCUAAUCAUCGGCGAAGGCGCCACCACCCGGGAGCUCUCCCUCCUCUCCCGCACCUGCCGCACCCUCCACACCGUCUUCGCACGGCAGCUCAACCAGAGAUUCACGGCCGGCGUCGCGGACAUCGCCAUGUGGGCGGCCGCCCACUGCCGCCCCGCCACCCUCGAGCGCGCCAUCGCCCUCGCCAUCGCCCCCGUCUCCGUCAUCCCCGACGGCCAGGAGCGCCUCCGCACCCAUCUCAAGCACCGCCUCUCGCUGCUUCUCCUCCUGAACACGGCCGGCGCCGCCGCGGUCUCGACCGCGAGGGUGCUGCUGUGCCACGGCAUCGGUCCCGGCCGUGCGCGGGCAUACUGCUACGACAACCCCAGCGAGGAGUCGUGCAUGUACCGCGCGGUGCGCCACGGGGACCUGGCGCUGGCGCGGCGCCUGCUAGAGGAGAGCGACUGCAAUGCGUUUACGGCAGGGGGAAACGAGGCGUUGCUGCGCUUUGCCAGGGCUCGGAGGUUCGAGGUGCCGAUGGGCGCGAAUGUGGAGGAGAUGAUACAGCUGCUGGUGGAUUAUGACCCGCAGCCGGGACAUCCCACUAGCUACCCGGGAACCGGGCGCGCUCAUAUCAUGGAUGCGUGGGUGAAACAGGAGCGCGAUUACGCCCAAUAUUGGAAACGGACUCGAGGUGAGCUAAACUAA